GGGUCCGUCCAUUUGGAACAAGGGGUGGUUUGGUUGCGGGGGGUGUAUCUGGAUGGGGAAGUGCCAGCAGUUCCUAAGUUGAAAAUAAAAAAGAAGAAAGGGGAGGGGGCGAUUGGCGUGUUGCUUUGAUUUGCCCCCGCCAUGUCUGACCAAGCUCUCAGUUUUCUUAAGGACUUUUUGGCUGGUGGUAUAGCUGCAGCUAUUUCCAAAACGGCUGUAGCGCCUAUUGAAAGAGUCAAAUUGCUGCUACAGGUCCAGCAUGCCAGCCAACAGAUCACAGCUGACAAGCAGUAUAAAGGGAUCAUUGACUGUGUGGUAAGGAUCCCGAAGGAGCAGGGCAUCAUUUCCUUCUGGAGAGGAAACUUGGCCAAUGUCAUCCGGUACUUCCCCACCCAGGCCCUCAACUUUGCCUUCAAGGACAAGUACAAGCAGAUCUUCCUUGGGGGUGUGGACAAGCACAAGCAGUUCUGGCGUUACUUUGCAGGCAACCUGGCCUCUGGGGGUGCUGCGGGAGCAACUUCUCUCUGCUUCGUUUACCCUCUGGAUUUUGCCAGGACCAGGCUAGCUGCUGAUGUGGGCAAAGGGCUGAAUGAGAGGCAGUUCACUGGGCUGGGCAACUGUAUUGCCAAGAUCUACAAAUCCGAUGGCCUCAAGGGUCUCUACUUGGGAUUCAAUGUGUCAGUCCAGGGCAUCAUCAUCUACAGAGCUGCUUAUUUUGGCAUCUAUGAUACAGCUAAGGGUAUGAUGCCUGAUCCAAAGAAUGUGCACAUCAUAGUGAGCUGGAUGAUAGCGCAGACUGUUACUGCUGUAGCAGGGCUGACGUCUUACCCUUUUGACACUGUACGACGUAGGAUGAUGAUGCAGUCUGGCAGGAAAGGAGCUGAUAUCAUGUACAAAGGCACAAUUGACUGCUGGAAGAAGAUAGCUAAAGAUGAAGGAGGCAAGGCUUUCUUCAAAGGCGCCUGGUCCAAUGUGCUGAGAGGCAUGGGUGGUGCUUUUGUAUUGGUCUUGUAUGAUGAGAUCAAGAAAUACGUGUAAGACUCAAAUGGCUUGAUCCAAAUGUAUGUUCUCUUUUGUAAGGUAUCUACAUGUGGUUUAACGGGGAGUGAAGUAUUUCCUAGGGAAAUAGAACUGGCUUUCAUGGGUUAAAUCCAGUUCCGAGACCAGGUUGCAGUAUCGUAAGAUAGAUCAGUGGGUUGUUCAUGAGAUCAUAGCCAAACUUUUUUGUAUGGAAAACUAAAGAGGCCUCUGUAUAUAUAAAUAUAUUUGACAAAUAUCCAAUAAUAUAUUCCUAUGUAUAAGUGCGUUUCUUGAAGGCGGCUAGUUACACAUGUGAAUUCAAUAAAUACUAUUUAAGUCAAA